AUGGCUUCUCUUUGGAGGAGCCGCGGAGUGUGGCGAGGCUGCAGCCGGAGUGAGUGCGCCAGGGAAUGGCUGGGCCAGGCUGGCGGGUGUGGGGAGAGAAACCUUCCCAUUCCCCAUUGAUUUGCACGGCCCCUUUCAGCACGUGGGGAGCUGCAGUGCUUUGCUUUCCCAAGUGAAGGAAUGGUGGUUUCCCACCCACCCAUUUGCCCUUCGAAAGCAUGAUUUAUUUAUUUUUUGCACGCUGGGGCCUGCUUGUAUCUUGAAUUUUUAAGCCAAAUGAGGUAGGCGCCUCAUAUAUUCCAAGCUGAACCCUGUAGGUUCAUAACGAGUUCAGAGGCUGUGAGCUUUGGAUCCAGUUUUGCUCUUUGUGGGUGGCGCCGUGGUCCUUCCUCUCUCUCUCUCUCUCUCUCUCCAGAGAUAUUGCAGCUUGGUAAACCUUAUGCUUUGCUAAGUUUCAAUAGGGCGAAUAGGAAGUCUAAUUUGUGAUUAGGGCAGUGUGUGCUGCUGGGAUAGGGCACUUUUUGAUGUGCUCUUGUGCAGUAUACAGAAGCUUUGUGCUGUGAGCAGGGCCCAUCCGUUUUGUAUGUUCUGAAUAAUUUGACUGGCAUAUAUAUUAGUGGACAGAUAAUAGUGGCACCCUAAACAUUUACAGGGACACACCUGCCUUUUUAAAAAAUGCCUUUUGUUUUGUGUGCAAGUGGGAGGAGGAAAAACACUGUGAUUAUUCCAUCCCACAACUUUUAAAGGGUUUGCCAUAACUCCUGCACCAUUUUUUGGACUUUGAAAUGUAUUUUAUGUAUUUUUUCCAAAGAGCUCAAGCUACUUCUCCCUUCCCAAUUAUGCUCACAACAGCCCUGUAUGCUAGGUUAGGUUGUGCAGUGUGUCUUGCCCAUGGUCACCAAAUGAGCUUCAUGAUGUGAGUGAGGAUUCAAAACUAGUUCUCCCCAGUACUAGUUCAAUACUGUAACCACUACACCAUGAUGAAAAUUUCCUCCCUUCCUUCAGUUACAGCAGUGAACAUAUUAAUAGUAAUUUCCUGUACAACACUGGUACCCCUCUCCCUAAUGUAGCAUGUGGUGAUAAGACUAUUAAGCUGGAUCAAGUUAGUUCUAGCUAUGAAAAUAUGGAUGUGUGGAAAGGCCCCUGAAUACUGGCACAGCAGUAUUGCUUUUAGAUCCAACUUGUUGGUAAGGUCUAAUAGAAUUGGUUAUUUAAAGAACAUGUUUGAACUUCUGAAUAUAUGAAGUACUUUUUUCUUAUGCUGAUUAUUCAUUAUAGAUAUUGAUGGUGAGUAAUGAACUUACCUAAUAGUUUCAAAACUUGUCAACGUCUUGUUUACUGCAACAUUUUUUGAUAAUAUAGAAGUUAUCUACUAUUCCACUUACCGUAGAUCCUUAGAGCUUGCUUCCAAAGAACUGUUCUGGAAUGGGAUUGUUUUGUUUACUAAAAUGAAGCAAUAUGCUGUUUGAUGAGACUUCUUUUAUUUCCAGGGCUUGUUUCAACAGCUCCCGCUCCUCAACUCUCAGUAGCUGAGAUUGCUCAGAUGCGCAGUGAGCUCUUCACAAAAGAGAAAGAGAGACAAUUGUCACUUUAUCCACGAAUUGAGAAGAUUGAAGUUAAAUAUGUUGGCAAACCUAAUCCAGGCACUUUUUUAAUAAUGAACAAAGGGCUUUCCACUCCUUACACUUGUGCUAUGCGUAAGUACUUUCAAAUGGAGGGCUGUAGUUAUUUCACCCUUAAGCCAAAUGGCAAAUCAAAACCACACUUUUUAAAAGACGGAAAGUGCAUCAGCUAAUCUUAUAUGAAGAAGAAUGUCCUUGUGAUAAAUGUUCCUUUUUUUAGUAAAUCUAGUUCACUGUUCCAAAGGUAGUACAAUCAGGUCCAUUACCCAGUUGCUCCUGUACCCCAUUCAGAAAUCUCUCCCUCCAUAGGUUACUCCCAUCCCUUUAUAUUUUAUCAUCUAUUAAUGGGGCCUAGCAAUCUGGUAUGUUGAGAGUAGAGGUCCCCCCCUUUCAUGGGCCCCCAUUCCUUUAGGAGUAACCUGCCAAUGGAAGACAGAGCCACUCUUUCUGUCUCUCACUUUCAGGUGUUCAGUCUUUCUCUCCUGCAUCCUAUUCUUCCCUGCCCAACAGGUUGCUUGCAUGGGGAGGCAGACUGCUCUUCCAAGGACUUGAAUGAUCCCUUCCAGGUGGUUUUCGAAAUUAGGCUGAGGUCCAGUGGUUUUCCACCCUUUUUAAUUUCCAUCAUUGUUAGUUCCACCUUUCCCUAGCCAUCAAAAGGAUGCCUGCCUGAUUUUUAAUUUCACAUCUAUCAGGAAUUCCUAACAAGCUAAGAAGGAGAAGUAUGCUCCAUCCAUCCAAUUUCUUUACAACACUCUACAAGAUGAUCUAAAAAAAAUAAAUAGGCUGACUAGGUCCUCUCUUUUCUCUUCUGUUAUCCCAAAUGGUUUUGAGCUCUGAUAGUGUCUGGCAGUGAAGGCUGAGCAACAGCUGGUCCAUGGAGAAUGCCGCUGCUGCUCACUCUUUUUUAAUUGAUGGUUUAUUGUCUGGCUGAUUAUUGUAAACAAAGUACAACUAUACUAUCACUGUUAUUUUGCUGUACUUUUUGUACUUUUUCUCCUUUCCUAGAUUUAAGUGAAUGGCACAGUAAGAGAUCCAUACUUGCCCUUGUAGAUGGACAAAUCUGGGAUAUGUACAGGCCUUUGACUCGCUCCUGUGAAAUUCAGUUUCUUACUUUCAAAAGUGAGGAUCCAGAGGAGGUUAACAAAGUAUGUUUGUACCAUUUUUCUUCACAGUGUUUUCUUCCCUUUGAGUUGAAGCUUUUUUUGAAUAAAACCUAAGGAAGAGAAGGAUUUGGAUCUUGUGUGUUGAAUACAAGCACAAAGAUGAGGGCAGAAAAUAAUUGGUACAUAGUCAUACAUGGUUACUCUUUAUGUAUCAUUCAGAAUAUUUAGCUUCCUGGUUUUCUUCUAUUUUUAAAUCACACACUUCUGUAGUACAUUUAUAUCUCUUUCCACAUAACUGCAUAAGCAAUACCACUCUUGUUUAUAGUAGAACAGUAAGAAAUGCAGGACAAUAAGGGUUGAAUCCAGAAUAGAUCUAUUUUACUCUGAAAGAGGAAGGCAGGGAAGGAAACUCCCCCAAUUUCUCCUUUACCCUGUGUGUUCUGGAAAGCUCUCCAGAAAAUUGUGAGACCCUCUGGAAUAGUGUGGGAAGCAGGUUGAGGAGACAGGAAAAAGGAGGAAUCAUUGAUGAUCACUUACUCCUUUUCCUCUGUCAGAGAGUCUCUGUUGGAUCUUGGUGCUUUCCAAAAAUGGAAAGAGUCUGGCCAUUCCUGUAAUGGGAAAUCCGGAUCCUACCAUAUAGCAAACAAUUUCUGGAAAGAUUUUGUAUGUGUGGCUCUGUUCUAGAGGGCUUCAUAUCUUUCAACAAUUACUAGUCCUACACAGUACAUGAAAAUGGAGGACAGCUCCACUCCUCACAUUUCCACUUCUCUACCACAAGCAAACUUUAUGUCAGAAGUGAGGUGGAGAGAUAUCCAUGAAUAUUAGCAGCUGUCUUAUUGCAUCUUUUGAGACUAUUAUGCUCUGUUUUCACUUGAACUGAACUGUCUUGGCAUGAUGUUAGAAUAAAUAAAGUUUGUUUGAAAUCCUUUGUUGCAGGCCUAUUGGCGCUCUUGUGCUAUGAUGCUGGGGUGUGUAUUAGAACAGGCCUUUAAAGAUGAAUACCCAGUCACUCUUGUUAGGGCUCCGGAAGUGCCAGGUAAAUGUUUUGCUGUUGCAAACUUUUAUUGUUCUUGAAAGUUGAUGCAUUGUAUAUUGGAACACAUGUAGAAGGUUCUUUGAUUAAAGGUCUGCUUAAUUUAUGCAUUUCAAAAGCUCUGGUAAUUUAGGGUAAUUCUAAUCUCGUAUUAGUGGACUUCCCCAUCCUCUCCUCAGCCCUGUAGUGGCCCCUUGCCCUGUGUGAGGAGAUUGGGGAAAGAGAAAACCUGUUUUUCAGAUGGAUCAAAUAAUUGUUAUCUGUUUGCCUCAUUAAUGGCCAUUGCCAUAUCUUGUAGCAGACAAUUCUAUAAGUUAGUUAAAAGUUGAAUGACAAAACACUACUUAGCUGUUUGGAAUCUAUUGUUAGUCAACUUCAUGGAAUCUCAGUGUAACUUACCUCUGAUAAAAAUUGUAGAAAACAUAAAAGGUCUGAGCAGAUAAAAAUGCUUUCACCUUUGCCGAAAAGAGAACAACAUAGACACUGGGAGAACCUCCCUGAACCUUCCUUAAAAAGGGACUUCCAAAGAUGAAGUGCAAGUGUAAACCCUUUUCUCCAGUCACCAGAAGGUGGUGAAACCCAGAGCAGGGCAUCAGAGGUUGACCUUAAUAGCUACCCAGGUUUUAUUUAUCUUUCCUGUAGAGAAAAUGCCCCACCCCCUAUGGUCAUUGUGGUUGCUCUCCUCUUUUCCUACUCUAGUCUAUUGCUACCCUUUUUAGACGGUGCAACCAUAAUCAUACCCAAUAUUCCACACUGGCUGCACCAUAAACAUGUAUAUGAGCAUUCCGAUACUGUAGGAAGCCCCAUAUGUUGGCUACCAUUAGGAUUGCAAAAUAGGUUUAGUUCAGACUUAACUUCAAAAAUUACUCAUUUUCUUUUGGAUCUUGACUUGCCAUGCAGUGAUAUCUGGAGCUUUUUGCUACGAUGUAAUCUUGGACAGCAGGCUGGACGACUGGAAACCAACUGCUGUAAGUAUGAUGAUUCACUAGACAUGUUCCAGUGUACUCUUUAUUUGGGGGAUAAUUGGUUAUUCAAUGUUACAAAAUACAGGGAAAUUUUCACCAAACACAGAUCUACUUGCCGGCAAAUACUGUCCAGUAGAUGUUGACUAGGAUGUAUCCAACAUUGCCUGUUCCCGAGCAGAAGAGGGUUCUGCUUGUGCAUCGGGAUUUCCUCUUCCUCUCCUUUCCUCUUCUUCAUGCCCUUAAAAUCUGCUCCAGAGGAGUGUGGGACCCUCUGAAACAAAUCUUGGGGGCACAUAGGAUGCUUGAAGACGGAGGAGAGGAAGAGGUGAGAGGAAAGCUGCUUAUGCAUUGUUGGAGUCCACCCUGAGUUGGCUCCCACCAGCAAAGAUGACUCUUGCCUAUUUCCUUCUUCCAUCCCUUGUCUCUCAUCCCCUGAAAAUCUGUUCCAAAGGUUCCAAAGCAAUAUGAGAGACAGCACAGAAGGUUGCAGGAUGGAAGGAGAAAUAGGUGGAAAAUGCUUAUUUCUCUUCAGCGCAUAGGGUCUUCUAUUGGAUCUCAGUACCAUCCAUGAAUUUCAGAAGCUCUUCUGUUCACAGAAGUCUCCUUAAGAUCCAAGCCAUAGCACUGCAUUCAGGCUUGGAGUCACAUCUUGGGGAAAUUUAGGUCUGCAUUGGCAAAACUUUAUUUAGGAUAGUCCUUUUCCAGCAUACCUGUUAUUGACUGAGCAGAACAAGGCAUCUGGAAUUACUCAAGCAUUUGUAUUAUAUGGUGUAAGGCAGGGGUAUGCAACCUAAGGCCCAUGGGCUGGAUGCGGCCCAAUCGCCUUCUAAAUCCGGCCUGUGGUCCGGGAAUCAGUGUGUUUUUAUAUGAGUAGACUGUGUCCUUUUAUUUAAAAUGCAUUUCUAGGUUAUUUGUGGGGCAUAGGAAUUCGUUCAUCCCCCCCCCCCAAAAAAAAUAUAGCCCGGCCCACCACAUGGUCUGAGGGACGGUGCACUGGCCCACGGCUGAAAAAGGUUGCUGACCCCUGGUGUAAUGAUAGCAGUAUAUUGUGUACAGGAAUAUAUAGGGUAUAUUCCUGUAUACAAGGGUAGCAGUAUAUUAUGUACAGUAUAUUGUGUACAGGGUAUUGUGUUUGCGCAUGUACAGGAAGUGUGUGUAUGUAUAUGUAAGGAAACACAAGUGGACUGGUUGGAUGCUAAAAUGCAAUCUUUCCCCAACCUCCAGGCAGUUUAGACUACAAGUCUCAUCAUCUCUGGCCAUUGAGCAUAGAGGCUGGGACUGAAGGCAGUUGGAGUAAGCUGAGGAAUAGGGAGGCUCAUCUAUUCCUGUUACUGCUCUGGUAUUUUCUCUAAUUAGUGAUAACCCUGUGGAUAGCUCAGUCAGUAGAGCAUGAAAUUUAAAAUCUCAGGGUCGUGGGUUCAAGCCCCAUGUUGGAAAGAAGAUUCCUGCAUUGCAGGGGGUUGGACUAGAUAACCCUUGUGGUCCCUUCCAAUUCUAUGAUUCUAAGCAUUAAAAGAAAUGGAUUUUUAGACCAUUUCCGCUAAAUAAAUGCGGAAACGAAAAGGUCUCCAGAUAAAGAUCAAAAUAGCUAUGCCUCAUUUUGUAGUGUGCACAGUAAAAAUGAUUCUCUAGAAAUGAUUCCUCCCCUUUUAUUUGUAUUAGUUUCAACAGUGAAAAUGAGAAUUAAUUAACUACAAAUUAGUCUUUAUAAACUGAGAUUGACCUUCCGAUGCAAGAGCUUGUAUAAUAGAGAAGGUCUAUUACAGAGCUUUCUGAGCUGUUGUGUCACGACACGUUUGUGUCGGCUGCAGUGUGUAGGUGUGUCGUGCGAACGCUCCUGCGCUCCUCCUGGGGCUGGAAAGGGGGUUGUUUAACCUCCAGUUUGCUAGUAAAACUGAAUUACCAUGUCACAAAAUGAUGCAUAUCUAAAAUGUAUGCCACCAACAUGAAGCGUUUGGAAAUCUCUGGUCUCUUAUUUAAUCCGUAAAUGCAGUUUCAGGCUGGUUCCAAAGUAACUACUAUUCGCCUUACUUGGAAGUAAAGUAGUGAGAGCACUUUUCAUGGGUGGCUGUAAAACCAAAGAAGCUAAAUAAUGGUCUGCCCAUGGCUUCAAAUCUGUUGUCAUACUACAUUUUCAGCCAUACUGAUAUCAAAGUGCUCUCUGCAUCCUCCAAGAGUGAUAACUGAUGCUUUCAAUGGGCACCUCCCAGGAACUGCAGGACUGCAGGGUUAAAUUUAUUAGACUUUCCCCAUUAACCUAAAUUUGUUCCAUGCAUCUCCACCCAGUCUAUGGGGGGGUGGGGGAAUGAAACAUUACAACAAGGAAAAAUCACCAGGAACAGUUAAUAUUUACUAUCUGUUGUCUCUAUAUUGCAUUGUCUUGCCUUACUCCAAGGCUGAGCAUAGGCAAGACUUAUCCUAAUUGGUUUGGCCUUGGAAAAUCCACUGGAGGAUGAGGGCUAAUCCUUACAUAGCAUGGAUUUCAGUCAUCUGAGCUAACUUGCAUUCUGUAUUUCUUGCUUGUCUUGUUGAUCUGUGUAUACAUACAUUUUUUCUUCUUUUCCAAGGAAAGUCUCCAUUCUCUUACAAAAGACGUUAACAAACUAAUUCAUAAAGACCUUCCAUUUGAAAUGCUGGAUGUUGAUGCAAAAGUGGCGCUUGAAAUUUUUCAACAUAACAAGUCAGUAUUACUAUAUUUUGUUUAAUAGCACAUGUUGUUUAAAAGCAGGCCACCUGUAUCUUCUGCUGAAAUUGUGUAUUGUUUUCCACGAGAUAAGUUUUAUAUAUAAUUUAAAUGAGUUUUAAAGCUGAUCCAAUUGGUUACAUUAAACAAUUACAGUGGUACCUCGGUUUACGAACUUAAUCCGUUCCGGAAGUACGUUCUUAAACCGAAACGGUUCUUAAACCGAGGCAUGCUUUCCCUAAUGAGGCCUCCUGCCGCCAGUGCCCUUCCACCAUUUGGAUUCUGUUCUUUGACUGAGGUAAAGUUCUCAAACCGGGACACUACUUCCGGUUUUGUGGAGUUCAUAAACUGAAUUGUUCGUAAACAGGACUGUUCUUACACCGAGGUACCACUGUAAUGUUAAUUUUCAGCUACUAAGGUACUGACCUGAAGUUUUGCCAGUAGAUGGCACUACAGUUGCUGGUAAUUAAAGGAAUGUGGAACAAGUCAGAUCAACCAAGCAGCCAUAUAUGUUAUGCAUACCUGUGAGAGAGCUUACAUAUGCAACUUAUUUUUUUGCUGUGUAGUAGAUAGUCUAAAUUAAUCUACUACAAAGAGUGUUAAUGAAUAUAAGUAAAGGGAGAUGUGUUGUCUAAGAGAAACAAUGUGCUUAAGCCUGAACGUAUAGGCAUCUAUAAUGCUAGAAUAUUGUGGAGCUUGAAAUGUAUCUGAGUUAACUUCACUGUCACUGUUUGUUGUGGAUUUGAGUAGUUAACAGGAGGAAGCCGUCUCCUACUGCUUACCCAGGACUGGCGGACUGUAAGAAAGAUGCUCUUUUGGCAAUUUCUUGAGAAGAACUCCUUGGAAAGAGGGCGGUUGAACCUAGUAGUUAGGAAGGAAAAAUAUAAGGCUAUGAAUAUGCAAAGAAGUGUGGCAUAAUGUGUAUUCUUCCAGUUUGGUUAUGAUCUUCCACUUUAUACCUUGUGAUGUUGAGUUAUGAGCCUCUUUUCUGGUUCUGUAGGUACAAAAGGGAGUUAAUUGAACAGCAAGCUUCACAGAACUCUGAAAGAAUAGUAAAAUUGCACAGGUGAGCAAAAUCUUGUUUGCCUUUGUUUCAUAACUAGGAUUACAUAUAAAUAUAGACAGAGAGCGUGCAGAGACAGAGAGGAUUCCUUGUAACUGUGAGCUACCUGUCAUCAAGUCACAAAAGUGAUUUGAACUUCCCCAGAUACAAUGAAGGUACAAAUAGGCAACUUGUUUAACAGCGUUCAGUUGUAUUCUAGUCAUGGGUUGAGACUGUGGGGAUAUUUUACAUUGAAGAGCAGCAUAGCAAUGAAUCACAUUUUAAAUGUGUUUGUAUGUAAUACAGUGGUACCUCGGGUUAAGAACUUAAUUCGUUCUGGAGGUCUGUUCUUAACCUGAAACUGUUCUUAACCUGAAGCACCACUUUAGCUAAUGGGGCCUCCCGCUGCCACCAUACCACCACCGCGUGAUUUCUGUUCUCUUCCUGAAGCAAAGUUCUUAACCUGAGGUACUAUUUCUGGGUUAGCGGAGUCUGUAACCUGAAGCGUCUGUAACCUGAAGCGUAUGUAACCCAAGGUACCACUGUAUUCAGUACUUGUGAGUUGGAUCUAGAGUUCCAAGAGCAGAGUUCUGCUUACAGGAUAGGGAGCUCUCGGGCUUUGACUUCUUCUGCCUAGAAUGUUCAAAAUGCCUUAAACUGACUUUUAAAAAUCAAACUGCUACAUGUCAGUUGUCCUAUUUACUAGAUUCCAUAGGCUAGGUUUAUUAUGGUGUUACCACAAUAAUCUGGUACCUUACCUUUUGGGGUCCCAAAAGAUGCAUCUCCUCUGUCAAUGCAGGUGACACAGAUAAUAGCACAUUUACUUCUUGGUUCCUCCUAUAAACAGCUUCACCUAUAAACAACAUCAGGUUUUCUAAAAGAACAGUUCUGAAAUCUACUGACUAUUGGUGCAUCGCAUUGGCAGGACUUUUGUUUUGCAGUAAAUGAGACAAAUGUUUGGUGGAAAUACACUUUAAAAAAAUAAUUAAAGUUAUUAAUCUUUCUUUGUUUUUGCUUUCAAUCAGGUUAGGUGACUUUGUAGACAUUAGCGAAGGUCCGCAGAUUCCCAGAACCAGCCUAUGUCACCAGUAUGAGGUGACAGCUGCUCAUAAUGUUCCAAGCGCUGAGUCUGAGCUUAUGCGGAGAUUCCAGGGUCUCUCUGUUCCAAUUUACUUAAAGGUAAGUCAUCAAUUUGCUUAUAGAUAUUUGUGAUUGAAGUAAGGAACAUAAAAGAUGCUUGUUAUGUGGAUGUGUCUGUCUUACUUUUUUUCCAUGAUCAGGGCUUCAGUAUAAGGUGCGUUAGUAGCUUCAGUUAUCCCGUUAGACAUGAGAUAUAGCACUUUUAGUUCCAAUGUGUAGUUCCACUACUCUUUUUUGUAGAAUAAGUAGAAACUCAUUCAUUAGAAACCUGUAAAUUAUAAAUGGCACGAAGAGGAGGAAACCAAAAAUUGUUAUACAGCAGUCAUAGAAGUGUUGUUUCCCCCCCACUGUUGUGGAAUUACAAAUCCCAUCAUCCCUGACUUUUGGCUGUGCUGGCUGGGGCUGAUGGAAGUCCAACAACAUUGGAGCAUCCCGCCCCCAUUAAAUGGCUUGAUUUUUUGAGUUUUGCCAUAGGGAGCCUUCUUAUGUUAAUUAAAUUUCUUUUUAACUUAAUUGUUAGGUUUUUGUUCUUUUUUUUAAGGGAAAGGCUGGGUGCAAAUGUUAUUUAAUUAAUUAAAGAACAGCUUGAAUCACUUUCAGUAUCUAAAUAUAAAUUUGACGUAGAAGACCAUCUGUUCCUUUUAAUGAAGAACAAAAAGCAGCACAGCCUCUUUAAGGUUCCUAACCUAGAUGCCCUCUGCAGCAGAUUUUGGGCGGGGGGCGGGCAGGGAGGGUAUGAGCGGAGAAGAAGGGGAAGUCCUGUCACACAAUUGAAAUUCUGUUUAUGUGAUGUUGGAUGCUUCCCUAAAGGGGUCUGUUUCCACUUCUCCCAACCAGACCAUUUAAUACUAUUUGUUGGUUGUCCAUUUGCAACAGUAAUUAGAUCUUUCUUGUAUAGCGUAGAGAACAACCUUGUUAAAGGUGUUAAACAGCAUGUGUGUGUUGGAUCAGUGCUCCCUUUGCAGUUUUUGUCAAGAGCUGAAAUAAAUCUCUCUGUACAUACUUAAAUAAAUUUGUUACAAGCAUGUGCUUGCAUUUAGGAAUCAUUUUAUGUCCACACACAAACACACACGAGUUGUUUCUAUUUAUUUGGGGUUUUUAAAAACUCAGUUUACAAAGUCGCUUACAAGAAAAGGUAGCAUGAUGCAGUUGAUACAGAUAUUUGAAAAAAAUUGAUACUCUUAUUCUGGCACUUAAAGUUAACUUGUUGCUUACUUUCCUUUUUUACAUUAUAUUUUACUAAUAAACAAAAUAAACCAAAUACAAACAGUAUAAAGAAAUACUGUUACAUUUUAAGUUUUAUCUUGCUAAAUCAUACUGGAGAAAGCCAUUGAAAUCAGUGGGCUUAAUUUAGUCAUGGCUAACUAGUCCACUGAUUACAGUGAGCCAGCUAAGAGUAUGACUAAGUUGGAUAAAACCCUCUUGAGUAGUUAUUGUGAAACUGUAGUGAUGGAAGUUCUUGUCAGAGUAGUUGUUGUCAUAGGCCAUUAAAGUAGACAUGGUAAGACAUCUGUCUGGCUAUAUACUUGACUGCACCCUUUCACAUUCCAGCUUCAUCACACAAUAUGGCACAGGUUGCGGGAAAGGUCGCGAAACCUAGUAAGUCUAGUUGCAUUAUUAUUAUUAUUAUUAUUGUAAUUUGAAUUAUUGACAUGCUAUCUUUGGGUAUUUAAUGUUUUAUUUCUUAGAGGGCUAAGGAUCAAAUGUAUACAAAAAUGCAAAUUUUAAAUUAUCAGUUUUACAUGAUCCAUAUUAGCCCAUCUGUUGAAAGUUUUGCUGCUUAUUUGUAAAACUUCAAAAAGUAUGGGAACUUUGCUUUGCAAUCCCAAUUUGCAUAUGUAACUAAAACAGAACUGUAAUUUCCUCCAAUAUGGUGUGUAUUAAUAGAACAGUUUUCAGUGAGAAAGUGUUAAUGCCUUAAGAUGGAGGAAAUUAGCAUUUCCCAGGGGAGGUAAAAGCUAUGCUGUGUCUUUGCCAUUCAUACAUCAGAUGCCACAGUUUUGUUGAGAAAUCUCCAUGUUGAGAAAAGAGUGGCUGCUAAUAGACAGGUUGUUUAAUAUGAGCGCAGUGUUUCUUCACUUGCUCUAAAUGAAGGAGCAAGAAGACUUGGAGCUGGUGCAAGUAGCAUAUGAGAAUAUAUGCUUCCAGUAAAUUAUUUACUGUGUUUUGCAGAUCAGUGAAGACAAAAUGAAAGAAGCAAAAGAUGAAAAUGAAAUCUCAAAUACUGAAUCGGUCUAA